AUGGACGUGGACAUGGACGUGGACAUGGACGUGGACGUGGACAUGGACGUGGACGUGGACGUAGACAUGGACGUGGACGUGGACGUGGACAUGGACGUGGACGUGGACGUGGACGUGGACAUGGACGUGGACAUGGACGUGGACGUGGACGUGGACGUGGACAUGGACGUGGACGUGGACGUGGACGUGGACGUGGACGUGGACGUGGACAUGGACGUGGACAUGGACGUGGACGUGGACGUGGACGUGGACAUGGACGUGGACAUGGACGUGGACGUGGACGUGGAGGACUUGGACGUGGACAUGGACGUGGACGUGGACAUGGUCGUGGACGUGGACGUGGACGUGGACGUGGACAUGGUCGUGGACGUGGACGUGGAAGUGGACAUGGACGUGGACGUGGACGUGGACGUGGACAUGGUCGUGGACGUGGACGUGGACGUGGACAUGGACGUGGACAUGGACGUGGACGUGGACGUGGACGUGGACAUGGUCGUGGACGUGGACGUGGACGUGGACGUGGACAUGGUCGUGGACGUGGACGUGGAAGUGGACAUGGACGUGGACGUGGACGUGGACGUCGACAUGGUCGUGGACGUGGACAUGGACAUGGACAUGGACGUGGACAUGGACGUGGACAUGGACGUGGACAUGGGCGUGGAUAUGGACGUGGACAUGGACGUGGACGUGGACGUGGACGUGGACGUGGACGUGGACAUGGACGUGGACAUGGACAUGGACGUGGACAUGGACGUGGACGUGGAUGUGGACGUCGACAUGGACAUGGACGUGGACAUGGACGUGGACGUGGACGUGGACAUGGACGUGGACAUGGACGUGGACAUGGACGUGGACGUGGACAUGGACGUGGAUAUGGACGUGGACAUGGACGUGGACAUGGACAUGGACGUGGACGUGGACAUGGACGUGGAGGUGGACAUGGACGUGGACGUGGACAUGGAGAUGGACAUGGACGUGGACGUGGACAUGGACAUGGACGUGGACAUGGACGUGGACGUGGACAUGGACAUGGACGUGGACGUGGACGUGGACGUGGACGUGGACGUUGACGUGGACAUGGACGUGGACGUGCACGUGGACGUGGACAUGGACGUGGACGUGGACAUGGACAUGGACGUGGACGUGGAGGACUUGGACGUGGACAUGGACGUGGACGUGGACGUGGACGUGGACAUGGACGUGGACAUGGACGUGGACAUGGACGUGGACGUGGACAUGGACGUGGACAUGGACGUGGACGUGGACGUGGACGUGGACAUGGACGUGGACGUGGACGUGGACAUGGACGUGGACGUGGACGUGGAGGACUUGGACGUGGACGUGGACGUGGACGUGGACGUGGACAUGGACAUGGACGUGGACGUGGACGUGGAUAUGGACGUGGACGUGGACAUGGACGUGGACGUGGACGUGGACAUGGACGUGGACGUGGACGUGGAGGACUUGGACGUGGACGUGGACGUGGACGUGGACGUGGACGUAGACAUGGACGUGGACAUGGACGUGGACAUGGACGUGGACAUGGACGUGGACGACUUGGACGUGGACGUGGACGUGGAUGUGGACGUGGACAUGGACGUGGACGUGGACGUGGACGUGGACGUGGACAUGGACGUGGACAUGGACGUGGACAUCGACGUGGACGUGGACAUGGACGUGGACAUGGACGUGGAUGUGGACGUGGACGUGGACAUGGACGUGGACGUGGACAUGGACGUGGACGUGGACAUGGACAUGGACGUGGACAUGGACGUGGACGUGGACGUUGACAUGGACGUGGACAUGGACGUGGACAUGGACGUGGACGUGGACAUGGGCACGUGGACGUGGACAUGUACGUGGACGUGGACGUGGACGUGGACGUGGACAUGGACGUGGACGUGA